AUGUCUGGCAUCCCCAAUCUUCCAGAAACAUUCGAUGAUCUCCCAGACAAGCAGCGGUUCUGGCCUGGAGCCGCCGGGAGCGAAGAAGAAGGACUAGGAAUGCUCCGUCUCUUAACGCCAGAGGUAGUAGCACAAGCCGCACGAACAGAAAUCCAGACCGGCGACCGAGUCUGCCUGAACUGGGAUAUGGAGAAACUAAGCCCACCAGCUUACGCUCCGCACUUAGGCUUCAACCGCAAACCAUUCGAGCACAAAGUCAAAUGGGUCGCUGAGGGCGUCGCCUUCGACGACGAAUACCACUUCAACCCCCAACAAUCCUCGCAAUGGGACGGCUUCCGCCACCACAACGCGCCAGCCCCAGGUGCAGACCAAUCCCUCCGCCUCUUCUACGGCGGCACCACAUCCGCCGAGAUCCUCGACGAGACCUCCCCACGCAUCGGCAUCGGCUUCUGGGCUAAGAAAGGCAUCGCCGGCCGCGGCGUGCUAAUCGACUACGUCUCGUACGCAGCAAAGAAAGGUAUUAGCAUCAACGCGCUAAGCCGACAGAUGAUCUCGCUCGACGAGGUGCUGGAGAUCGCACGCGAAUGCAACAUCACUUUCCAAAAGGGCGAUAUCUUUUUCCUGCGCGUUGGCUUACCUGCGACUUGGGAGGGGAUGUCAGAGCAGCAACGUGUGGCGUAUAGUCAGCAGUCGACGCCGAUGCAUGCGGGGAUUGAGCAGAGUGAGCGAGUGCUAAGGUUCAUUUGGGAUAAUCAUUUUGCGGCUGUUGCCUCUGAUGCGGUUAGCUUUGAGGUUUAUCCGGCGUUGCAGCCGGAGUUUGAUUUGCAUCAUUAUUUGCUGGCUGGGUGGGGAGUGCCGAUUGGGGAGAUGUUUGAUUUGGAUGAGUUGGCGGAUACUUGUCGGAGGUUGGGGCGUUGGAGCUUCUUUGUUUCGAGUAGUCCGUUGAAUUGUAAGAGGGGAGUGUCGAGUCCGCCUAAUUGUAUGGCGAUAUUUUGA